UGUUUUCUUCCCACCAGACCAGCGAGGAAGUGGCAGCUUUGCUAACGGGGCUGAAAGCUCCCCAUCAGCAAAACCGGACCUCUACGUACCGGCCAAUGCCUGGCAGCAAAGUCCCGGACACCAUGGACUGGCGGGAAAAGGGCUGCGUCACAUCGGUGAAGAACCAGGGCGCCUGCGGGGCGUGCUGGGCCUUCAGUGCCGUGGGAGCCCUGGAAGCCCAGGUGAAGCUGAAGACGGGCAAGCUGGUGUCCCUGAGUGCCCAAAACCUCGUUGACUGCUCCAUGAUGUAUGGGAACAAAGGCUGCAGUGGAGGUUUCAUGACCUGUGCUUUCCAGUACAUCAUAGACAACCAAGGAAUAGACUCGGACGAUUCCUACCCUUACAGGGCACAGAAUGGGACAUGCCAAUAUAACGUUUCCACACGAGCUGCCACUUGCUCCAAGUAUGUUGAGCUCCCAUAUGCCGACGAAGCAGCCCUAAAGGAUGCUGUAGCCAAUAUUGGACCAGUAUCUGUCGCCAUAGAUGCAACCCAGCCCACGUUCUUCUUGUACAGGUCAGGUGUGUAUGAUGACCCACGGUGCACCCAGGAGGUGAAUCACGGAGUAGUUGUGAUCGGUUACGGCACUCUCGAUGGGAAGGAUUACUGGCUCGUGAAAAAUAGCUGGGGUGUACACUUUGGCGACGAGGGCUAUAUCCGCAUGUCAAGAAACCAUGCAAACCACUGUGGGAUCGCCAGCUACGGCUCUUAUCCACUAGUAUAGGAGUUCUUGCUUCAAAGCAGACUCUUGAGAUUUCAGUUGAACUACUGAUGUUUUGCUUGCAUGAAUCUACCGACUUCAAGAAUCAUCUUCUGUCUCAAUGGGCAAAGUCCUCCUGUUAGAUCAGUCUGUAUUACAGGCCGCGAGGGAAGCUUUGUGUGGAUCUGAUAGGAAGAUCCGGGACUAUGAUUAACAGGCAUCUACUGCCUGCUCUUUCCCAAGUAAAACUUGGGAUUUUCCAAAGCUUUUCCCAAGUAAAACUGCAAUGCCUGCAGAUUAUAAUGGACGUCACCUUUUCCCCUCUCCAGUUCAGCGCUGAGUAUUGCCACCGUGACACAGAUUUCACUCUUUGUCACUGAAUGUCACUGAAACUGCAUACUUUCUUUGCAAAAUUAAAGAUCAGCAUCAUUGUCUAAAAA